AUGGGUCAAUUUAAGAAUGCGAGAUAUGAGAGACGAAGAAGAUUGAAAUCGGAACGAGAUGGAAAGCAUUUGGAGAAUAAAACAAACAUAAACCCGGAAUUCGUCGCGUAUGGUCGUCGACUAUGGGACUCUGUCCAUACCAAUAUGAGUGCUAUCAAAGAAUUGAACACCUACCCUCCUUUCUCUUUUUCCUUUCUCCAUCACCGUCGCUCCAUUCAGUCAUUCUACCUCUCAACUCUUCGUCCCUCCCCCGUCGUCCUACUUCUGCACCAGAAUGAGAACUUGAAAUCAUCCGGCCUGAGCGUGUGUCAAAAAACGCGCCACCCAUUGCGAGCCUGCGACGUGGUAUAUCUUGCGAUCUUGGCCUAG